AUGCCUCCACUCCCCCGCCCGGCGCUGCCCCGGCUUAUAACCUACUACCAAACGCACCACACACCCUCGGGCAGUCCCAUCUCCGUCCUCCCGCUCCUCCAACAGCCCGGCAUCGCGCUCACACAUCUCAUCCUCGCCGCUAUCCACAUCAACGAAGACCCCGCCGCCCUCACCCUCAACGACCACCCGCCAUCCGACCCGCGCUUCACCACCCUCUGGGCCGAGCUGCGCGUCCUCCAGGCGAGCGGCAUCCAAGUCCUGGGCAUGCUCGGCGGCGCGGCGCCGGGCACCUUCGCGCGGCUCGAUGCGGCGGACGAGGCGACCUUCGAGCGCUACUACGGCCCGCUGGCGCGGCUGGUGCGCGAGCGCGGGCUCGACGGCCUCGACCUCGACGUCGAGGAGCCCAUGUCGCUGGCGGGAAUCGUGCGGCUGAUCGACCGGCUGCGCGCCGACUUCGGCCCGGCCUUCGUGAUCACGCUGGCGCCCGUGGCGGCGGCGCUGCUGCGCGCCGACCACAACCUGAGCGGCUUCGACUACGAGGCGCUCGAGGUGCUGCGCGGCGCCGAGAUCGCCUGGUACAACGCGCAGUUCUACUGCGGCUGGGGCGACUGCAGCAAUCCGGCCAUGUACGAGAUGCUGCUGGCCAAGGGGUGGAAGCCCGAGAAAAUCGUAGUGGGGCUCGUGACGAACCCCAAGAAUGGCUCGGGCUGGGUGCCGUGGAACCUGCUGGGGAAUGUGCUGCCGCUGCUGGCGGGGAGGCAUCCCCGGUUUGGCGGGGUUAUGGGAUGGGAGUACUUCAACAGUUUGCCGGGCGGAGAGCAAAGGCCGUGGGAAUGGGCACAAGCGAUGACUGCGUUGCUGAGAGGGAGGAGGACGACGGCGUCAUAUGCGCCCGAAGUGGUCGACGGACUCAAGCCCGCAGAGACAGCGCUCAGCGAAGCGGAUCCCGAUGAGGCUGGGAAGGGGGUUGCGGCGCCCGUGCCCCAAGAUUUCGAGUAUUACUCGGAUGGAGGCGGCCAGUCGGACUAG